AUCAGCUGUUUUGACAUUCAAGCAUCAAACUUUCAACACAAAUAAUAAUAAAUAAAUAACUCAAAAUGUUUAGCAAUAGUGUAGCCGAUUAUCAAUUCACCAAGGAGAUCAAACAUGGCAAAUUUGGAUCGGUAUAUAAGGCAAAUUUUACGGUCAACAAUCGUGUGGUUGUAAUCAAAAAGUUUUCACUGGAAGCGGAAAAUGAUGCAGAAUUGAAGAAACUAUUUGCGGAAAUCUUAUGCUGUCGUCAAUUCAAGCACCCUAAUAUCAAUAAGAUACUGCACAGUUUCAUAUCGGAAAUGGAUGUGUUUAUCCUGUAUCCGUAUAUGUGCUUUGGAACGUGCCAAAUUUUACUGGAUAGCAUUUUCAUAAAUGGGUUUCCCGAAACACUGAUAGCACUGAUAUUUAAGGAUAUUCUCUCGGCUCUCAUGUAUAUACACACAAAUGACUUUGUCCACGGAUCCGUUCGGGCUAAUCAUAUAUUAUUAGAUAGUCAGAAGGCAGUAUUAUCGAAUUUUCACGAGAGUCGCAGUUUUAUAAAUCAUGGCAAGAAGAAAACUGUUUUGCAUGGUGUAUCGCAAAAGAAAAACCUGAACUGGGCAGCACCUGAAGUCUUGGAUCAAAAUAUCAAUGGAUACACUGAAAAGUGUGAUAUAUAUUCGGUGGGCAUAACUGCAUGUGAAAUGGCCAACGGAAUUCAACCUUAUAUCGAAACGCAACCCACACUUAUGUACACUGAAAAGAUUCGGGGUAAUGUUCCCUCACUGCUGGACAGAUCAACAUAUACAAUGUUACUGGAUGAUCAGGGAAAAAUGCCAUUUGAAAAUCCGACAGCAAGACGAUCUUAUGAAAUUUAUAGUCAACGUAUUCUUACCGAUGAUUUUCAUCAAUUUGUGGAAAUCUGCUUGAAUCGGAAUGCGGAGAAUCGCUGGAGUGCCAAAAAGUUGAUGACCCAUGCAUUCUUCAAGCAAUGUAGACACUCUUUCAUCUCGGAUCACGUCAAAAAAUGUCGAACGGACUUGCAGAAUAACCCCUCGAUGGAAGAUGAAAUUAUUGAACCACUGCAUGAUGAUGAAACCAAAUACUCGGAGGAUGUCCAAUGGAAUUUUUAAUGUAUUGUUAGAAAUAAAUAGAAAUAAGAAUAAUAAAAAAAUAUACGGACAACAAA